GGACUCCUUUCUGCCUUCUCGGGCUUUUGAACCGCCCCCCCCCCCCAGGUCAAAGCCGGCCGAGGCGGAGGGGGAGGCGGCGGCAGGCCAGGUGCACGCGGGAGGCCCAGCCGAGCCGCGGGGGCGCCAGUGCCGCGCGUCGAGCGGAGCAGAGGAGGCGAGGGCGGAGGGCCAGAGAGGCAGUUGGAAGAUGGCGGACGAGGCGGCGCUCGCCCUUCAGGCCGGCGGCUCCCCUUCCGCGGCGGCGGCGGCGGCGGCGGCGGCGGCGUCCGCCAUGGAGGCCGCGGCGGCGCAGCCCGCCGAGGAGCCGCUCCGUAAGAGGCCGCGCCGAGACGGGCCUGGCCUCGGGCACAGCCCGGGCGAGCCGAGCUCCGCGGCGGUGGCCGCGGGGUGUGAGGCGCCGAGCGCCGCGGCCCCGGCGGCGCUGUGGCGGGAGGCGGUCGGGGCGGCGGCGGGCGCGGAGCGGGAGGCCCCGGCGACCGCCGCGGCCGGGGACGGAGACAAUGGGUCGGGCCUGCGGCGGGAGCCGAGGGCUGCCGACGACUUCGACGACGACGAGGGCGAGGAGGACGAGAGGGCGGCGGCGGCGGCGGCGGCGGCAGCGGCGAUCGGCUACCGAGACAACCUCCUGUUCACUGAUGAGAUCAUCACUAAUGGCUUUCACUCCUGUGAAAGUGACGAAGAGGACAGGACUUCCCACGCAAGCUCUAGCGACUGGACUCCACGGCCCAGGAUAGGUCCAUAUACUUUCGUUCAGCAGCAUCUCAUGAUUGGCACCGAUCCUCGAACAAUCCUUAAAGAUUUACUACCAGAAACGAUUCCUCCACCUGAGCUGGAUGACAUGACACUGUGGCAGAUUGUUAUUAAUAUCCUUUCAGAACCACCAAAACGGAAAAAAAGGAAAGACAUUAAUACAAUUGAAGAUGCUGUGAGGUUACUACAGGAGUGCAAGAAGAUAGUCGUGUUAACUGGAGCCGGGGUUUCUGUUUCCUGUGGGAUACCUGACUUCAGAUCACGAGAUGGUAUUUAUGCUCGCCUUGCUGUGGAUUUCCCAGAUCUCCCAGAUCCUCAAGCCAUGUUUGAUAUUGAGUAUUUUAGAAAAGAUCCAAGACCAUUCUUCAAGUUUGCAAAGGAAAUAUAUCCCGGACAGUUCCAGCCAUCUCUGUGUCACAGAUUCAUAGCUUUGUCAGAUAAAGAAGGAAAACUACUUCGGAACUAUACUCAAAAUAUAGAUACCUUGGAGCAGGUUGCAGGAAUCCAAAGGAUCAUCCAGUGUCAUGGUUCCUUUGCAACAGCAUCUUGCCUGAUUUGCAAAUACAAAGUUGAUUGUGAAGCUGUUCGAGGAGACAUUUUUAAUCAGGUAGUUCCUCGUUGUCCUAGGUGCCCGGCCGAUGAGCCACUUGCUAUCAUGAAGCCGGAGAUUGUCUUCUUUGGUGAAAAUUUACCAGAACAAUUUCAUAGGGCCAUGAAGUAUGACAAAGAUGAAGUUGACCUCCUCAUUGUUAUUGGGUCUUCUCUGAAAGUAAGACCAGUAGCACUAAUUCCAAGUUCCAUACCCCAUGAAGUGCCUCAAAUAUUAAUAAAUAGGGAACCAUUGCCUCAUCUGCAUUUUGAUGUAGAGCUUCUUGGAGACUGUGAUGUCAUAAUUAAUGAGUUGUGUCAUAGGUUAGGGGGUGAAUAUGCCAAACUUUGUUGUAACCCUGUAAAGCUUUCAGAAAUUACUGAAAAACCUCCACGAACACAAAAGGAAUUGGUUCACUUAUCAGAAUUGCCACCAACACCUCUUCAUAUUUCAGAAGACUCAAGUUCACCUGAAAGAACUGUACCCCAAGAUUCUUCUGUGAUUUCUACGCUUGUAGACCAAGCAACAAAGAACAAAGUUGAUGAUUUAGAAGUAUCUGAAUCAAAAGGUGGUGUGGAAGAAAAAUCACAAGAAGUACAGACUUGUAGGAAUGUGGAGGGCAUUAAUGUGGAAAAUCCAGAUUUCAAGGCUGUUGGUUCCAGUACUGGAGAGAAAAACGAAAGAACUUCGGUUGUGGAAGCAGUGAGAAAGUGUUGGCCCAACAGACUUGCAAAGGAGCAAAUUAGUAAGCGUCUUGAUGGUAAUCAGUACCUUUUUGUACCACCAAAUCGUUACAUAUUCCAUGGUGCGGAGGUGUACUCAGACUCUGAAGACGAUGUCUUAUCCUCUAGUUCCUGUGGCAGUAACAGUGACAGUGGCACAUGCCCGAGUCCAAGUUUAGGAGAACCCAUGGAAGAUGAAAGUGAGAUUGAAGAGUUCUAUAAUGGCUUGGAAGAUGAUAAUGAUAGACCUGAAGGUGCUGGAGGAUCUGGAUUUGGAGCUGAUGGAGGGGAUCAAGAGGGAGUUAAUGAAGCUACAGCCAUGAGACAGGAGGUGACAGAUGUAAACUGUCCAGACAAAUUAUAACCUUAUUACAGUUGUCCAGGUACAGGAAUUGCUCCACCAGCAUUGGGAACUUCAGCAUGUCAAAAUGAAUGUUUACUUGUGAACUUGAACAAGGAAAUCAGAAAGAUGUAAUAUUUAUAGACUGGAAAAUAAUUGUCAUAAUUUUUAAAGUUCCAUUAUUUCUGUACUUGUACAUUCAACACUAACUUUUUUUAAGGGUACUAGGUAUCUUUAAUCAGUUGUUAGUUGACUUCAGUUUCCUUUAAAGGUUCAUUUGUAUGAUA